CUGUAGCUCUGGCAGUAGUGUAAACAUUUGUAGUAAAUCUAAAUGUGAGUAAACGACUAAUGUCGAAAUAGUGUAGUGUAAAGUGAGGGUGUGUGUUUUGUUAAAAUAAUUUAUAUUUGCAAACAUUUUUGAACCUAAACUGUAUAAUGCUUGAUAUAACAACUUGACAUAACGACCAAUUGCCCAAAGUGAUAAUUGGUCAAUAUGGCUGUGAGUAGCACCGAUAACAUCGAAUAUCAUCCAACUGUUCUAGCACAGCUUUUACAUUCCCUACCGCAUCUAAAUGUAUCAUGCCAUAGAGUCAACAGUACUUUUAAUCCACAGUCCGAUAUUUAUUUAGAGAGUUUGGGAAUAUUAUCAUCAAUUCCAGCAGCAUGGUUGAUAUUAACACUUGCAGCUUUACUUUUAUACCUAGCAACACGAUGUUGCGAUCAACAUUCAACACGUCGAAAACCUCGAUCCCUAACAGCACCACGAUUGGCGUUAGCCGCCGCUGCAUUAUUAUGUGCAGCCGCGACCGGAUUAGGAUUAUAUGCUAACGAUGAUUUACAUAAUGGUAUUGUACAAUCGUUAACAUCAGCACGAAAUUUGAAUAAUAUUAUAUCGAAUGUUCGAAAUCAAACCAAAAUAAUUAGUACAUCAUUAACCGAUGCAGUAUUCCCGCAAUUAACUGAAUUGAGUGAUAUUUUUGAUAAUCCAGUUGCAAAUCAAACAGCUUUAGCUCAAUUAGUUGAUGCAUUACAAUCUGUAAGACAGAAUAAUACGUUAGCAAUACGUGCAACAGCAGAUAUUCAACGACCAUUAGCUAAUUUAGAUAUGUCACAUAUAAUUAACACGGGAGAUCGUUGGGAACUAUAUCGAUGGGCUGGUGCUAUGGGUAUUCUUAGUGGAUUACUGGCACUUUGUGCUGUAGUGCUAGUUGGUGCUGCUAGAAGAUCUCGUCGAUGUUUAGUAUUGGCAUCCGUAUUAGCACUAGUAUCAGCAGCAAUUGCAUGGUUACUGUCAUCAGUAGGACUUGCAGCUGCUGUUGCAUUGGCUGAUUUAUGUGUUGGUCCUGAACAAUAUGCAGGAAGUGUUGUAAGCCAAAAAGGUUUGCCACCAGAGCUUUUAUAUUAUUAUACUCGCUGUGAAAGUGUACGAGCAAACCCAUUUACUCAAAGAUUAAGAGAAUCACAACAAGCCCUGAAUCGAAUGCGUGUGAGUCUAGGGAGUGUUUCAAAGAUUGCGUUAGACUUAUUUAAAAAUAGAGAUCUUCAACCGAAAUUAUCUGCGUUGACAAUUGAGGCUAACUCUUGUGAUCGUGGAUUAGCAUCAUUGACAGCUUUACUCGAUUGUAGGGCCAUUCAUGCACAAUGGAUGGCUGGUACGCGAGGACUUUGUGUAUCUGCAUUACCAGGACUUGCUUUAUUAUUAUUGGCAACCGCAACAGCUGGGUUAUUACUAUCAAUUCUUGUUUGUCUUGCAUCUCAUACUUGGAUUUAUCUAAGGAAAAGAAGAGAUUAUUCACAAGUGGAUGAAACAGAUCCCUUCUUACCAGCACCAGCUGCAAGUCAAGCUGUUGCAGCACGAACAUUGCAAGGAGGUAUGGCUGGGGCAGGAACUUUACCAAGAGGACCACCACAUCACCACCGUAGCCAAGGGUCGUACAAUAGAGAUAUUAAAACAACAACUCCACGUAACAGUGACCCUCCGCCUAGCUAUGCCGCUGCGUUAUUGCAUGAACAGAAGGAAAAAGCUUCCAGGAAGGCAGCAAUGGCCGCUAAUUCGCCUGUGCAUGGGGCACCACCUCCUGUUGGAGGGGUUACACCCGUUUUUGCACCAACAGCGCCGCCUUCACCAUAUCAAUAUUUUGAUGAUCUAGAUGGGUGUGACACGAGUAGACACACGCCAGAGACAAGACUCGCCUCCAGUGGGGGCCAUCUCGCUCAUCUCAGUGGCAGCCACUCCCACCACCGGGGCGGGCACUCCACAUUGGGACGCCUCCCCUCUCACGCCUCACACCACGACCACCACAUCAACCUCACUGGACCCAAUAAUGGUAAGUACGCGACUUUGAGUAAACAAUGCAAAACGCUUGAGUCGAGCGAUUUCUACUGA